AUGGGUGCUAGUUUCUCUGCUUGCAAGUCAGACCCAGUUGGGGCUUUGCCUUUGCAAUCGAAACCCAGUCUUGGCGAUUUGCCGGAGAGCUGCGCGGCGCUGAUUCUGGGUUAUUUGGACCCACCGGAGAUUUGCAAAUUGGCGAAGCUCAAUCGGGCUUUUCGUGGAGCUUCUUGGGCUGACUUCAUUUGGGAAUCGAAAUUGCCUUCCAAUUAUCAAACUAUCGUUAGAAAAGUGUUAGGUGAUGGUUUGGAAAAUUUGGGUAAGAGAGAUGUUUAUACGAGGCUUUGUCAGCCUAAUUCUUUCGAUGAUGGUACCAAGACAGUUUGGCUGGAUAAAAGUACAGGAUCUGUUUGCUUGUCGAUUUCUUCAAAGGGAUUAGCAAUCACUGGCAUUGAUGAUCGAAGAUAUUGGAAUCAUAUUCAAACUGAAGAAUCUAGAUUUUGCAGCGUUGCAUAUCUUCAGCAAAUAUGGUGGUUAGAAGUCGAUGGGGAGGUUGAGUUCCCAUUUCCAGCAGGGACAUACAGCCUAUUCUUUAGGCUGCAGCUGGGACGGUCUUCGCAGAAGAGGUUUGGUCGCCGAAUUUGCAAUACCGAGCAUGUCCAUGGUUGGGACAUAAAACCAGUGAGGUUUCAGCUAUGGACUUCAGAAGGUCACUAUGCCUCGUCCCAAUGCUUUUUAACUGAACCUGGAAAAUGGAACUACUACCAUGUUGGGGAUUUUGUUGUGGAGAACCCCAAUGCAUCAACAAAGAUUAAACUCUCUAUGACCCAGAUUGAUUGCACCCACACCAAAGGUGGUCUCUGUUUAGACUCUGUACUUAUAUACCCUAGUGAAUUUCGAGAAAGGCUAAAGCAUUUUUAA